AAUAUGGACUAUGGCCUUGAUCCAACAAUAGGGAAGGCCAUAAUACAGGCAGCUGAGGAGGUCGCAGAGGGAAAGUUAGAUGAUCACUUCCCACUUGUUAUCUGGCAAACUGGCAGUGGCACACAAAGCAACAUGAAUGCCAAUGAGGUAAUUGCAAAUAGGGCAUCUGAGAUCCUUGGACACAAGGGCGGUCAGAAGUUUGUGCACCCAAAUGACCAUGUGAAUAGGUCACAAUCUUCAAAUGAUACAUUUCCCACUGUAAUGCAUAUAGCGACGACCGUUGAGAUACAUUCAAGGUUUAUCCCAAGUUUGCAACAGUUGCAUGAUUCACUUCAUUCGAAAACUGUUGAGUUUAAAGACAUAAUUAAAAUUGGACGUACACAUACCCAGAUGCCACCCCAUUGACUCUUGGCCAAGAAUUCAGUGGUUA